UGUCCAAGAAAUAAAAAAAUUAAGACUUGAAAAUUUUGAAAAAAUAAUAACAAUUUAACCAAAGCAACUUUUAAUCCCAAUCUUGAUUAAAAAUAGCAGGACCUCCCCAUGUUUCAAACAACAUGGCAGCCUACAUCAAAGUUCCCCAUACUUUGUACCCAGACAAAACAAUUACUGUAGCGCUCUACCGAAAUGUAUCGUGUAAAGAGUUGCGGAAAAGUGUUAUGUCUGGAGCAAUCGAAGUUUCUCUCCUCAAAACGUCCAUGGUGAUUGAUGAGUUUCAAGUCCUGGUCGCUGCCAACAAAGCUCUGCACCUGCAGCACGCUGGCACUAUGAUGACAAAAAAUGUCCACUCGGAAAUUUUAUUCUGCCUCUCCCCAAGUAAAAAUAUCUCGGAGUCGUUUCAGUCGUUCGGCGCCGCUGACUCGGACACAAAUGUUGUGGUGGCCAUCGCUGACGACCAGGAUGACGAGAGGCUCGACAAAGUGUCGGAGAUUUUGGGAAAGUCACCGGUGGCGCUGACGGAACUCUCCGAGCUGGCCGACACAAAGCUCAUCACCAAG